AUGAUAUCAGAAGAAGCGUUAGAUAAUCUGGAUGACUGGACAAGUGAUAGUUCAUUUGACAGCGAGGCUGGAACUAUUACAAAGUCUGCAGCAAAGCAAAAGUUGGCAGACAAUAUACGGAAUGCCGAUGCCUUUUAUGAUGAAGAAAUAGAUGAAGCAGAUGAAAGGUGGAUGCAACGACAACAUCAAAAAGGUUCAAAAACAGAUGCGAUGUUGCUGUGUCCGCUCUGCUUCACUCCAGUAUGCUAUGAUUGUCAACAACAUCAAGACUACGGCCACCAAUUUCGAGCCAUUUUUGUUGAAAAUUGUCGAGUAAUUGAAACGGAAAUAUUACACUACCCAAACCCAACAAACAGCUCAAGCAAAAAACCGGUUGGAAAAAAGUUCAAGAAAUCAUCACCCAACGUAUUGGACAGUUCACUUCAAGUAGACACGCAUACAGAUAGAGUAGAUGAAAAAAGUGCAAGUUUAUCGAGGUCCCGAAAAGAGGAUAUUUACCAUCCAGUCAGAUGCAACACAUGCGAUUGUGAGGUUGCUGUUUAUGACCAUGAAGAAGUGUAUCACUUUUUUAACGUCAUUGCACAAUAG